AUCAACCAACCAACCAACCAACCUCUAGUGAACACUUCCCAAUAUUUCUAAAAUACCAAGGCAGAGAAAGCUGUGAAACAGCUUGUCCACCACGCUGGAAACUUGGAACAGCAGAUUGGUCCACAUUCUCCUCUUUGGCUAACAUCACUGAGGAAAUGGUCAAUACUGCAGACAUCAAUGAUGCAGUUGAGGUUGUCACUUCCAGUAUCAUUCAGGCAGCGGAAAAAACAAUGGGGAAAACAUCAACUAGAUAUCCAAAACAUUUUAAACCAUGGUGGAAUCAGAAUUGCGAGGCAGCAUUUAGAGCACAAAAGAAAGCAUGGGGGAUUUUUAGAAGAUACCCCAGUGCUGAAAAUUUGAUAGCUUUCCAAAAAGCAAAGGCAAAUGCCAGAAAAAUCAGAAGGCAAAGCCAAAGGGAUUUUUGGAAGAAGUAUGCUUCUAGCAUAACAUCUUCCACUAGCUCAAAAGCAGUCUGGGAUAAAAUCCACAAAAUUAAUGGGAAAUAUGCUUCUCAUUCUCUGUCCAUGCUGGAAAAUAAUGGCACAGUGAUCAGUGAUAUACAGUGUAUCGCUGAUACAUUGGGUGAAACUGUUUCCUUGUCAUCCAGCAACAUAAUGUAUUCAAGGGAUUUCCAGGCUUACAAAGUGCAAAAGGAAAAGCAACAUUUAAACUUUUACUGCUCAUCUGAUGAGGAAUAUAAUGUGCCAUUUACUAGAAUCAAAUUACAAACAGUGAUUUCUCCAUGA